CAGAGUCAACAGAUGUAGUGAUUAUUUUCACAGACGGCAGGACUUUCCCAUAUGGUGGCAGAAGGCGUACGAUCCUUGAGGCUCAGGCAAUACAAAAAACAACGGAUCUAUAUGUGAUAAAAUUAGAUAACAAAUGGGGAAAGGAGGGAGAGACCGAGAUUCAGGGCUAUUUAGGAAACAGAUUCGGACGUAGGCUCGACGCUAGCGUAGAAUCAGUCGAUCAUUUUCUCACCCUUGUGAUAAACCAUUUUAAGCCGUGUGUGGAUAGUACCACAACCACAUCUAAACCUACAACUACCACUGAACCACUUACCGAAACCGUCACUGGUGCUACUCCUAUUACAGAUGCACAAUCUACGACUACUGAAGUACCAACCACUGUAACCGUACCACCUUGUGAACGUAAAGUUAAUCUGGUUCUUGUCUUCGACACUACACAGAGCCUAAGUAAACUGGCUGUAAUGAGAUCGUUUUCAUCUAUAUCGUUUGAAGAGCGCAAACGUACCCCUAUAGAAGAACUACAAACGGUUAAAGCAUUCACAGCUGCGCUGGUUGCCGAGUUCGAGAUUUACAAUGAUGCUUCGCGUGUGGCUGUUUUGACGUUUGACGAAUAUGUCAAGGUGAUACAGCAACUAAAGGAUACUAUAAGUUUUGAUAACACAAAAUUCUCGAUCAUGAAUAAGGCGCAGAACUGGACAGGCGCUGGAACAAGGACAGAUCGAGCAUUGAAAGUGGUACAUGAUGAAAUAUUGACAGAGGAAAAUGGAUGGAGGCCCGAUAUUCCAACAUUGGUUUUCUUAGCUACGGACGGCUUCACUUUUUCCUGUUGUAAUGAUAAAUGUUGCCCUAAAUGGAAAUACCCAGAAGACGAAUGUAGAAAGAGAGCUAAAGAUUGUAUAACAACGGAAGAAGCAAUAAAAAGUGCAACAUAUUGGGGCGACCGAAUUAAAGAGGACAAAAAAGCAGAUUUCAUUAUUCUGGCAUUAGAGCAACCAAAAAGGAAAACUAAAAAAAAUGAUGAGGAAAAACGUAAAAAAGACGAAUUUUACAGAGGAUUGGUCGGAGAUCAGAACUAUAAAAGAGAUGUCAUCAGCACAACGGACUUUGUUGCGGAAAUGAAGUAUGAUGUAGAUGACCUGUUUGUUAAAAUAAAAGAUAGAAUUUGCAGAACUCAUGAAGUUUUUGCGGAUGCAAUUAAUCCUUGACUGAAAUUGAACGAAAUGGCCACAGAGACAGAAGGGGAUGUAGUUGAAAUGAGAGACCGUUUCAAUUAGCCCUGCCACUUUUUGUUUCAUCAACGAAGCUAUGAAAUAUUGGCUGGAUUGUUCAUCUCAUAGAUUGUACUUUUUAUCGCAUCCUUUGGUGUUUUGUUCUGAUCAGUUUGCAAGGCUGGUAGGCUAAGCCAAAGCAUAUCAUGGAUUCAUCUGAAUAUUUUUGGAAUGUUGUCUUAUGGCAGUCUUGGUAAAUUUGUAGAUGGCCAAUUUGGAUUUUCUGUCCCACAAACUGUCUAUUCUAGGCAAGCGAUUCUGUGCAUAUUGUGUCCUAUUCAAAUUAACAAUACAUAAGACUAUUGUGCUUUGGAAGGUUGUUACCUACAACUAACUGAGUGAUCAAUCUAGUUGAUUUCGAUGAUGUAUCAAAGGCUUGCAGGGCUUAUCGAAAAUGUUUAUCACAGUUUUACUAUACCGGAUUGAAAUAAUGUAAAUACAAUAAUGUGGCACUUUUACUUUAAAAAAA